CAAGAAGAUGCAACUAUUCUGCCACAGCAUCCUAACAGAUCACUGAGCUGAAGGAUGCUAGACGUGUAGACACACAUUUAUGGUCUUCCUAUGAAUGGAAAGCAUAGCAGACUUACAAGAUAACUUCUUCUGUGCUGCUGUUGGGAUCAGCUCCACGACUGAAAGGUGCAGACAAGCAACAACUGGGCUGACUGAUUUUAUGAGCUUCGGAUCUCAGCAUCACCUGGAAUUGAUCUUUUCAUGUGACUGAGCAGCUGCUUGUGAUUGUUGUUCUAAAUUCCUUAUCUGGGCUAAACCCAAACCUCUGCAUUGUGGAGUGAGCUAUUUUAGUCUUUGCAGGCUGCACUAUUGUCCUAAAGAGAAGCAUCACUAGACAGAAAGGUGGCCACCUUUACUGUAAAUGUGUCACCCUGUGUCCACCACUCAACUGUCUCUCUUAAAAGUCUGUUGCACCUGCUAAGACCCCCCGGAGCCCCCUAUUGUGCUUCUAGGAUGGUGUGACUUCCAGCCAGCUGUUGGCCAUCCCACAUCUGGGUCAAGAUGCCUGUGAUGAAGGGCCUCCUGGCCCCACAGAACACCUUUCUGGACACAAUUGCUACACGCUUUGAUGGCACCCACAGUAAUUUCCUUUUGGGUAAUGCCCAGGGCCACCGCGGCUACCCCAUUGUUUACUGCUCAGAUGGCUUCUGUGAACUGACGGGCUUCACUAGGACUGAGGUGAUGCAGAAGAACUGCACCUGCCGCUUCCUGUAUGGGGCCGACACCAGUGAGCACGUGGCUCAGCAGAUGGAGAAGGCACUGGAGGGUCGAGAGGAAUACCAGGCCGAGGUCCACUUUUACAAGAAGAAUGGUGUGGCCUUCUGGUGUCUGUUAGACAUUGUGCCCAUAAAGAAUGAGAAGGGCGAAAUGGUUCUCUUCCUCUUCUCAUUCAAGGACAUCACUGACACGUACGGAAUGGGACACCAUUCCAGCAAGAGGGAAGAGGAGAAGAGGUACAGGAGGAAGAGUAACUCUCACUUCAGUGAGGCCAGGAAGUGUGGACGCACUAUGCUUUAUCAGCUGAGCAGCCACUUCUCUAGAGGAGGCAAAGGAAACGUCAACCUGGGUGGGAACAUGGAUGACAAGCCUUCUAUACCAGAGUACAAGGUGGCAGCGGUGCAGAAGUCACGCUUCAUUCUGCUCCACUACAGUGUGUCAAAGGCCCUUUGGGACUGGCUCAUAUUGUUGGCUACUUUCUAUGUGGCUGUCACUGUGCCCUAUAAUGUCAGUUUCACACCACACGAUGACUCAGUCACUGCCGCACGCUCCACCAUUGUCAGUGACAUUGCAGUGGAAAUGCUAUUUAUUAUAGACAUUAUCCUGAACUUUCGUACCACCUAUGUGAGCCAGUCAGGCCAGGUGGUGUAUGAGGCACGCUCUAUUUGCGUACACUAUGCCACCACCUGGUUCUUUGUGGACUUGGUGGCUGCACUUCCCUUUGACCUACUAUAUGCCUUCAAUAUCACAGUGACCUCCUUGGUUCAUUUGCUUAAGACGGUACGCCUCCUGCGCCUCCUUCGGCUCCUUCAGAAGCUAGACCGCUAUUCUCAGUACAGUGCCAUGGUGCUGACCUUAUUAAUGUCUGUAUUUGCCUUACUGGCACACUGGAUGGCUUGUAUCUGGUACAUGAUUGGACGGAAGGAGAUUGAGACCAAUGAGACCUGGGAAAUAGGAUGGCUCCAUGAGCUGGGUAAACGUCUGGAGACUCCUUACAUUAACAGCACAGUAGGCGGUCCGACAGUGCACAGCUCCUAUAUCGCUGCCCUCUACUUUACCCUCAGCAGCCUGACCAGUGUGGGCUUUGGAAAUGUCUGUGCCAACACUGAUGCUGAAAAAAUCUUCUCCAUCUGCACCAUGCUCAUCGGCGCACUGAUGCAUGCAGUGGUCUUUGGCAAUGUGACAGCCAUCAUCCAACGUAUGUAUUCACGUCGUUCUCUCUACCACACACGCAUGAAAGACCUCAAGGACUUCAUCCGUGUCCACCGCCUGCCCCAGCAGCUUAAACAACGCAUGUUGGAGUACUUCCAGACCACAUGGUCUGUCAACAACGGCAUAGAUGCCAACGAGCUCCUGCACGACUUCCCUGAUGAGCUCCGGGCAGACAUAGCUAUGCAUCUGAAUAAGGACAUCCUCCAGCUGCCGGUCUUUAAGGGGGCCAGUCGUGGCUGCCUGCGCUCACUCUCUCUUCAUAUAAAAACCUCUUUCUGCGUACCUGGGGAGUACCUGAUUCGUCAGGGUGAUGCACUGCAUGCCAACUACUUUGUCUGUUCUGGUUCUCUGGAGGUGCUGAAAGAUAGCAUGGUGCUGGCUAUAUUAGGAAAAGGAGACUUAAUUGGAUCUGACCUGCCUGGAACUGACCAGGUGAUCAAGACUAAUGCUGAUGUGAAAGCACUGACUUACUGCGAUCUUCAGUACAUCAGUGUGCGUGGCCUGAGAGAAGUGCUGGGGCUUUACCCAGAGUAUGCAAGUGUAUUUGCCUCCGACAUUCAUAACAACCUUACGUAUAACCUGCGGGAAGGCAGCCAGGAUGAGGGCCUCAACAGAUUUUCCAGGUCACCCCGGCUUCCUCAUGAACCCAGACUCCCCUCUAUUGUAGAAACGAAGGGAGACGACCCUGACGACUCCUUCCACCUCUCUCCAGCCACACGCUCCCGUCGUAACCUCCUGCUGCCCAACUUCACAAGCCCUGUUCGUCGCACCUCACUGGGUAACCUGUUAGGAGACGAGCUGCGGCAGUUCAAUGCCCUGCGACGUUGCCGUUCCCCAAACCUUAGCCGAGGUUUCCUCGGGCAGUGCCCAUCCCCUCAACCACCUUCAAAAAAAGACCACGGCACUCCUGUGUCAUGUGCAAAUACAGCCUCGACUUCAGCCCAGGGAGAGUUUGGAGCAGAGCAAAAGCCUUCAAAGCUCCUCAUCCCAACUGUCACUUGUUUUCCACCUCCAGAUCUUAGCCCCAGGGUUGUAGAUGGCAUAGAAGACAAUGGGCACACAUUCCAUUUCACUGUGGAACACAGCGGGCCGAACGCCAGCACAGGUGGCAGCUCUCAAGAGUCCACACAAGCUAACACCACCCUGCUGCUGGAGACAGAGGAAGUCAGGCAAAGCAUCAGCCAGCUCAAUGUUAAGAUGGGCAUAUUAAACCGAGAAGUAUCAGAACUUAGCAAGAGUCUGCACCAGAUGAUGCAUCUCCUCCAGACUCACAUAUCUGUACAUUACCACAACACCUCAUUUCCUUCCUAUCCAUAUUCAGUCCAAAUGGUGCCCAACGCUCCCACAGACCCCAGCUCUGGCAUGUCACUCAACCCUGCUUCAACUCUUUGCCAUCACAACGAUCCAAGGAGCCUCAAAGCCCACAGCCACCAAACUGCACCAGCUACUGGUCAUUGGAGUUGCAGUGGAAUAAAUGAAUCCCAAACAGAGAGUCACCAGCCAUCUUCAUCACCCACCAAGUCUUGUCUGUCACUCUCUGUGAACUCUGUAUCUAAGCUAGGCCCAUGCCUUGGCAGUGACAGCAUGUCCUCACAUAUGUGGACCAGCCCUUCUCCUCUUGGCAUCAGUCCAGGUUAUCAGGGUGAGAGUCCUGGUCUAGCACAACAUGCAAGACAUGAAGACUCCCGGCCUCUCAGUGCAAGUCCAACCAGUAUCAGUCAGUCCCAGCCCACUUUGUGCCUGCAGCCUCCCGGUGAUACUGAUGAAUUAUCUUGCCUUUUGUCCAGCGCCCCUACAGGUACAUCCACACAAAGCCUGUUGGACACAUCACCCAGUUCAUAUUCCCACUUCAACCUUCCACAAACCUCAGAUGAGGCUAUUUGUGCUCUGAUGUCCCCCUUGCCAUCUCACACUCUGAUCCGGGAUACCUCUAUCUUCCAAAUCAAGGACUCACACCCCUCCAUCCAUACUAUCUCUACCUCUUCACCCACAUUACUCUGCCAGCCGACUGUCUCUUCUCUGGAUUCAGGAUCAUCACAGCUGGAUGUCCUAGACUCCUGUCUCCCACUAGAUGACCCAGCUGCCUUAGAGCACAACAGUUUGGAGUGCCUGCUGGGAAACAGGGACUCCAUGGAAAGCAGGGACAGCGAAAGCACGUCAUCACGGCGGUCAAGUAUUGGUGUUCAGACUCAGAGCACUGAGCAAUCGUGGUGUCUGGACCUCACAGAUUGAAGUAAAUCUGGAAUAGAGCAGCCCCGAGCAAGAUGCUGAGUUUAUUGUUGUGUGACAUACAGUGUUUUAAAAACUGGACAUUAUUGGUGGGUGCUCUUUACCCCGCUCUUGGUUCUUGGGCUCUCACAUUUGUCACUUUCUAUGCAAAAAGCAUGUAUUUGUGCAUUAUCUUGGCUUUACCGAAGUAUGUAUACAAAAACAGAUCCACAAAUAUUGCUGCAGUAUACGUUGUAUAUUUUUUCCAACAUUCUCAGAGCAUUUUGCCGUUAAUAAUACCUGUUACCUCCUUGCAUGGUAAAGUUGUUUAUUCUUUUUCCUAAGGAAAAGGUUUCCAAAUCAAUGUGUAAGCAUUUUACAUGUUGAUUGUGUACACAGAUACUGUAUUUAUAUGGCAGAAAAGUCAGAGUUGUUGGAUAUUUUAAUAUACACGAGAACAAAAAUUACACUUCCUUGCAUGUUGGAAAUGGAGUACAUCCACCUCACUGCAUAGAUUGUUCAUUGUAUUUAAUUUUGUUUCUCAGAUCAUUAUUUUUGUUUUUAGGUAUGUUUUAACUGGUGUUAGCUCCACGCUCCACACAGUGCAUCAUUUAUGGUUUAAGUCUGUUCAAAAUGUCCUUUUAAUGCUUCCAGAGAUUUUAAUGAAUUUCUUAUUGUUUAAAAAACAUCAACAAUAAACAUGUCUGCUAUUAAAUUACCAAAUUAAUACAUAUUUAGGUCACAAAGUGGGUCCCAUGAAAAAUUUAAAUCUUGAUUCACAAAAUAAGAAUGCUUCAGUGAAAAACUGAGGAUGCUCAUACAUUAUUCAGAGUAUUCAGGAAUUUUAGUCUUUUUGAAUUAUUUCCCUUUGGCUGAUAAUAAAUACGUAAAAAGAA